GGGGGUUGUGGGCGUGGACGUGCAAUAAUGUGCCCACUUCCUGUACCGAGCCCCUGUGCUGUACUGUAAAACAGUAAGCUUACAACGAGAUCAGCAGGAUUUGCCGGCGGUGGCUUCCUGCCAUUUCACAGCAGGCAGUCAUAGGUGGAGAUCCUGUCUGUGCACUCUAGUGUCCCACUGUGCCUCGUACUUUUCCUAAUGAUGGUGUUUUUUUUCUUCUUUAAUGGCUGAGGACAAGGGGCAAGAAAGGGGAACAUUAAUUCUGAGAAGAAAAAAAAAGCAGUGAAAUGAAAGCAUUAAAAACCGAGAGCAUGACGUUUACCCCGAUGGGUUUUCCAUUCGUUGCACACUCACAGAUGUGGAAUGGAAAACAUGAAAGUCUUAUGUGUUGGGUCGAGUCCACGUACACAGCCGUUCCUGUGGGGGAGCGAUGUGUGCGCGGAUACUUGACAGCCAGCUUAAAGCUGAUUUCAUCCUGUAAUUUCAAGUGAAUGAGCGCGUAAAAUGGUAACGAUGGCAAGUCCUCUCGGGGCACGCUCACACCAGGCGUGUUUGAGGCAGUUCGGUCAUACUUUGAGUCACGUAAUAUAGAUUAAAGGGCGGUAAAGGCCUGGGGUCGAUGGAGGGGACAAACACACUUAGGACUUUCGCCCAGGAGGCCGUAGUUUGUGUCCCGCGUCAAACAAAAAAAUGUUGUUACGCAAUUUGCACACUUAACUAACGCCGUGUUUCAGAUGUUACAUUGCUUGAACCUGAAGUUGUUUUGUUUCACCUCACAACAUUAAGAUUCACUUUCACAACGUAGUAGUUGCAUGUUGGCCCGUCUGAAUACGGAAAGUAUAAUUCGCACCAAAGGUUUCACAACAAAAAAAGCUAAAUGUUGACAUGUAUUAUUAUGUGCUACAGAAUUAGCCCAGAAUGUUAUACUCCUAGAGAGACUAACUGAGUAAUUAAGUAAGAAAAAGACUAAAAAUGUCGCUCUCUAGCUCCACCUCCAACCUAUUUUCAUUUUCCAAAAAUCUACGCUGGCGUCCCGACAACUUUGACAACUUUGACAACUUUGACAUUUCCUUUUUCCCUCCAGUCUACAAAUCAGAUAAACGAAUCAUUCUAGCUGAGGAAAUGAUUUUAUAAAAAUGAAGUUAUUUAUUCAUAACUAUCAUAAAUUUCUCAAGAGACUUGCUCAUUUUGCGGACGGAGAAAUCACAACGGCCCUAGAAAAAAAACCACACCCCCUCGCACUAUGUAUCAAAAUCUAAUUUUCCAGCUCCAUCUGCCAGAGUGCGCUCGCUCGCUCGCUCGUUAGGAAGAGGUGUUAGAAUGUAAUCCCGAGUAACGAGAGGAAGUGACCCCGGAGCACAACGUUUUAUGGGCGUAAGAAGACGGAUGUUGAUGUCUGAUAGCCAGCAGUUACUGAUUCUCCCAACAGUCUCAAGUAAUAAAAGGUGGUUUUAACGGUGUGACAUUCACAAUAGGUAAAAUAAACAUGCGGUCAUUGUGAGCCCUGGCGAGUUUGCAGUGGGGCAGUGUGAACCCUAUUGACACGCAUCGGCUCCGCAGUGAGGCAGCUGACUGUUGUUGUGUACCUGCAGCGGUCACAUGCGCUCCACCGGCCAGGCCAGUGUCAUGAGGGACAAGUUGCAGGUGUUGGACGGUCCGCCAUUGACACAAGAUCUGUGUCAGCCAAGCAUGUCAAAACAAGCCUGCCUCUGACUUUUAAACCCGUUACUCCUAUGUUUGAUUUUAAAGGUUUAAAUAAGAAUAUUUUUCCGUCCUCUGUUUCCAGGAAAUUAGAUUAGAGUCUAAGUGGUUCGACUCCACAUGAGAAGUUGUCUCAGUCUAGAUUGGUCCCUUGCAGUCAGGCACUUUUGAAGCAGUGGUACCCACUUAUCACCUUCCAUUGUUUGUGUGUGUGUGUGUGUAUGUGUGUGUGUGUGUGUGUGUGUGUGUGUGUGUGUGUGUUUGUUUGACUCUCUACUCACUUGACGGGUACUUGUUCGCAUUUGCUCUCUAUUUUGUGGCUUUGACAUGUGUAAACUGCUUUUCCCACAGUUGAACGGACAUGAUCGACUGCGAUAUUAACGUUUAAGUUGCGGGCUUUGCUCAUAGAAAACAUAACGAAUCAAGCGGUGCCUAAAUGAACAGCCAGCCACCAGGGGGGCUAUACAGAUGUCUCGGCUUCACUUCCGUUUGCUACUAGGAGAUGCACUGUGAACAAGGUUUGAUACUCUGUACUACGGGCACAUCGUGGUCUGUACUAAUAAAGUCUUUCUAUUUUAAGGCGCAGUGUGUAGGAUUUGGCGACAUCCAGCGGGGGAGGUUGCAGAUUGCAACCGGCUGAAACUUCCCCUGUGUGCCAAGCGCGUAGGAAAACCACGAUGGGCGACGCGAAAAACGUUAAAAAACGUGAAUGGUCCUAUCUAGCUAGUGUUUGGUUUGUCCGUUCUGGGCUACUGUAGCAACAUGGCGGCCGGCUCCGUGAAGAGGACCCACAAUGUAUGUAGACAUAAGCGUCUCGUUCUAAGCUCACAAAAAUGCAACAAUUCCGAUUUUUAGGUGGCUAUACAAAACAGAAACCACUUAUUAAUAGAUCCCCCUAAAUGCCACACACUGUCCCUUUAAGACAACACAGAAUCAUCAGCGGGAGCUUUGUGUUUAAAGUUCAGUUACAGAGGCGUUCCCGUAAAAGACAGAGAGGAGGAAAGAUGGAGAAACAAAGGCAGACGCAGGGAGAGUUGGUGAGAGCGGGGAUCAGUAGUCAUGGCUACAUGAAAGGUUGCAGGAGCCGGCCAUUUAGAUGGAUUACAGUAGCGCAGCUUCCCUUUUCAUCUCACUCAGAGGGUUGUAUCUGGAAGGGGGGGGGGGGGGGGGGAAGCAAAUUGGUUCCCAUCAUGCUUAGCAAGUGCUGCUCGGUCUCCCUCUGAUGGCUGUUUCCACAGUGUGUACGAGAGGAACGUUUACGCUGAGCUUGAAGCCAGCUCUCACAGUCUAUCUCAUCCUCCUCCGAGAGCGACAAGAACCACAAACAGGCUCAUCCGUGGCACUACGCUCGGCAGCUUUCUCCAGACAUCGCGAUAUCUGUGUCGCAAAUGCGCAGCUGUUCAGUGGACACCAAAUAAGACGAGAACGGGGCAAAAUAAAGAGAUUUCACGACUGAUUAGAAAAUGAAAGUGAACCACAGUGCUGUUUGCUCUCACUGCAGUCUAGACUCAAACUUAAUCAUGUCAGACAGUCGGCAGUAAUUCCACUUGUGUCAUUGUUUCAUGAACUACUGUUGGAAUAAGACACGAUGAGGCAGACAUCUACGCUAAUACCAAAUGAAUCGGAUUCAGUGUUGGGUUGAUUUGUACCAGUAACAGAAUACAUUUCCUCAGCGGCACACAUGGCAGUCGAGAUAAGCAGUUGGAAGACAGCAAUUUUCAAUUUUUGGGAAUUGUUAAAAAACAGUGUUAGUCAGUUAUCAUGAUAGCUUUAUUGACCGGUGAAGACCACGAGAUGUGGUUGAAAGCUCUGGAAAAGUGGACCUUAAGUUGACAUUUUUCUUGUCAAACAACAAAACAAAUGAGCACUCAAUUGACGUAUUAAAUCAAAAAGAGAUUAAAAUAAUUAGGUGCAGCCACAGAUGUUUGGGUAUUUCUUUUCUAAAAUCAAAUUUUCUUAUAAUUUUACAAAAUAAUUUGAAUAAAAAAAUACAGUUCAAUAAAUACAAUCAAAAUAUAUUAACAUUUUUAUUUUUAUUUACAAAAAGAAAUGAUAAGAAAAUAAGUUUAUGGAUUCAAAAUACAUUUGUGGCUGCAGCUAAUUCUUUUUUUUAAAUCACUGAUUAAUCUAUCUUUUUCUUUUCAAUUAGUUCUUUAGUUGAGUGUUAAUUGUUGAACCUGGAAGUGGUACUUUGACAUGAAAAAUCUCUCUUUACGUCCACUUACUAGCUUUUUCAAGAGCAUUUCAAAUGCAUCUCAUGGUCUUCAUUGGUAAAUAAUUAAAGUUUUCAUGACAGCUGUGCUAACUCUAUCCACUGAUGAAGACGGUGAGAUGCAAUUGUAAGAUUAAAGAUUAGGUCCACAUGUGAAAAAAAGUUGUUGAUGUCUGAGUUUAAAUCAGAAAUCUGAGAAUGAACUCAGUUUAAUCUAAUUUUGUUAUUUUAUAUAAAAAUAAAAGUUUAAAGAAUUAACAUUUAAAACUCUUUGUUACUGAGGAGAUUUGGAAAAGGGGGGAAAAAUAUGUUUUUGGAAUUGAAAGGUUUGUGUGUAAUGUGAAAAGUCUGGUAAUGGAUCACAAAUACGGUAGCCCCUAUUUAUGAGGUUGCACUACAAAAACAUUUAAAAAGAAAGAUUUAAUGAAAUUCAAAUGUAUUAAUUACAAACAAAUUAAAUUAAACAGAACAAACAAAAGCAUGUCCCUUGUUUAGAAGCAAAUUAACUUAAAGGAUUCUGGAACAGCAACACUAAAAUCAAAUACCAUUUAUUUUUAACAAGCAUUUUAAUCUUCCCUAUUUUUCAUAUCCGUCUUGAUUCUAGAAAAUUCCUGAAACAAUCAAACUGAAAGCUAUAUUUUACAGGUGUUUAACAAAUUAAUUACAAAUAUUUAUGUUAUAUAUUAUUAAAAUAAAUAACUAAUUAUAGCGUAAUGCUUCUCUGACAAAAGUUUUCACUUCUAGUCGCAAAAUCGGUGUUUGGAAUCUUGACAUUUAAAAGCAUGUGGUGAGUGCAUGGGUAAUUGUGGAUGAUAAGGACGGUCUGUUUUCACGCUGCAGGGACGCCCCCCCCCCCCCCCCCACCCGCCUGCCAGUCAUGUACCUGCGUCUUUCUGACUGAUGGUGAUGUAGAUGUGUCUGUGUGACCGUAUACGCAUGCCCCCUGGAUAAAUGAUCACCAAUCGCCAUCGGAAGAUGAAGGACAAGUCUGGCGUGAGCGGAAUGUCCGUGGAUGAGAAGCCUGAAGCCCCCAUGUAUGUGUAUGAGUCGACAGUUCAUUGUACCAAUAUCCUCCUCUGCCUCAACGACCAGCGGAAGCAGGAUAUCCUGUGCGAUGUGACUGUCCUGGUGGAGGGCAAGGAGUUCCGCGGGCACCGGUCCGUGCUGGCCGCCUGUAGCGAGUACUUCCUCCAGGCGCUGGUGGGCCAGGCGGAGAAUGGCUUGGCCGUUAGCCUUCCGGAAGAGGUCACUGCCAGGGGAUUCGCUCCAUUGUUGCAGUUUGCCUACACUGCUAAGCUGUUACUCAGCAGAGAAAACAUCCAGGAGGUCAUCCGCUGUGCCGAAUUCCUGCGCAUGCACAACCUCGAGGACUCCUGCUUUCGCUUCCUGGAAGCUCAGCUGCGCAGCGAGGAGGAUGGCUUGCUGCUCUGCCACAAGGUGGCGGCGGAGGUUAACAACUCGGAGGAUGAGAGCAUGCAGUCGGAGGCGGAAAAGCCCGCCUCCCCCAAGGUGCGACGGUGUGCCGACGCCCUCGCCUCCUUUGGACACCCUGACGAUGAUCGGCUAGCAAUUGCCAUUCCCAGUAACUUCACAGAUGGCCGGCUGGACUUUGAUCGGCACGGAGCGUCAGACCUGCCGCGAUGCCCAAAGUACAGGAAAUACCAGUGGGCUUGCAACAAGCACAAUAAUGACACCUCCUCACACACCAGUACCUCAGGUUUUCCAAGCACAUUAAAGGAGAGCAGUGUUAGCGGGGCAGUUCCGGGUCAGGGUAGGCUGCCUUUGGCACAGAUCAAAGUUGAACCGCAGGCAGAGGAAGAGGCCGUCUCAUUGUGCCUGUUAGGGGACGAGCAGGAAGUCAGGGAUAAGGACAGUGAGACAGCCAUGGAGAUGGACACCCCCAUAUCUGUGGAAAGAACCAAGAGAACCAAGUCCCCUCCCUGCCUCCGAGCCUUCUUCAAGAAAGGGGUGGACCUCCCCAGUCUGCCCGACACAUCACAGCAGCUAUUCGCCAACAGACUUGCCUGCCCCCAGGACAAAGGAAACUCUCAGGGAGAUCAUAAAAAAGACUUCAUGCCUUUCACUGGGGAGCUGUGUCUGUCUGUUACAUCCCCAAAGGAUGUGGACGGUUUCCCUGCAGGGUUGUCCCUCAAGUCCGCCUCCUGCGAUGGGGUCUGCAAACAGGAAGCUGAGCUAGAUCGCCGUAGUGUCAUAUUUUCCUCAGGGGCCUGCAACCGUCUGGGAACCCCAGCACAUUCCUACCCUGGUGGGAACUCUUUGGAGAUGGAGCUCUCUGAGCACAUGCCAAAGAGCCUGUGGGCGGGAGCCAGCCAGUCCCUCCCCACCUCCCAGACCUAUUCUCCCAAUGCCACCUCCACCGAGCCCCCACUCCUGUGCUGCCCACGACCCAACACCAGCUGCCCAGUGCCAAUCAAAGUGUGCCCGCGCUCGCCGCCUUGUGAGACACGCACCAGGACUUCCAGCUCCUGCUCUUCGUACUCCUACGCGGAGGAUGGCAGCGGAGGCUCCCCCUGCAGCCUGCCCCAGUUCGAGUUCUCCUCCUCGCCAUGCUCCAACGUGGCACGCUGCCUCAAUGUGGACCAGCAGGAGCAAAGUGUGGGCGGGGAUGCCCUUUUUAACCAGGUGCGGCCCAAGAUCAAAUGUGAGCAGUCCUACGGCACCAACUCCAGCGACGAGUCGGGCUCCUUCUCAGAGGGAGACAGCGAGUCCUGCCACGUACAGGAUCGAGGGCCAGAGGUGAAGCUGCCUUUCCCCGUCGAUCAAAUCACGAAUCUUCCACGGAACGACUUCCAAAUGUUGGUGAAAAUGCACAAACUGACCUCGGAGCAGCUCGAGUUCAUCCACGACGUGAGGCGGCGGAGCAAGAACCGCAUCGCGGCGCAGCGCUGCCGCAAGAGGAAGCUCGACUGCAUCAUGAACCUGGAGUGCGAGAUCAGGAAGCUGGUGUGCGAGAAGGAGAAGCUGCUGACGGAGAGGAACCAGCUGAAGGCGUGCAUGGGCGAGCUGUGGGAGAACUUCUCCUGCCUGUCGCAGGAGGUGUGCCGGGACGUCCAGCUGAGCCCCGAGCAGGUCCAGUCCCUGCACCACUACUGCCCGGUGCUGCGGCCCGCCAACGACGCCCACGAGCCCAAGCCCGCCACCGCCAACAACAACACCGACACCACCAGCAUCGACCUCACCGGCCGCUCGGCCUCGGCCACGCCGGAACCCAGCCUCCACGGGUCACCCGGCGGCCCCUCGGAGAGCGAGCCCGACUCGGCCGUCAGGAACGGGGCGGAGGACGGGGACAUGGACGGCCAGGACGCCGGCUUGUACACAAAGUCGGGGCUGUCCGUGGAAAAGUCCAACCAGGCGGUGACGGUGGAUUUUUGCCAGGAAAUGACUGACAAAUGUACGACUGACGAGCAGCCAAGGACGGACUAAGUAGCGGGCGGUUCUCUGUGUUGUAUUUUUUAUUUAAUUUUACUCUUCUGACAAACCCCCCUCUCUCUCGGGGGUCGCUGAGAAGGUCAGCCUCUGCCAGUGUUCACUGAAAAACAAGCUUUGUUUGUAUUUAUGUCUUUUUUUUUUUUUUUCUUUUUUUUUUUUUUUUUUUGAACGGUCGACACUAAAGUUGUCUUAACAGCAGCAAUACUGUUCUCCAGGUAUUCUCUUACCAUGACAGAGUGGGAACUUCUCACCAAAACGCGUACAAUGGUGCUAUACUCGCCCCGACAGCAACCUCUGCGGAGGAGAUUCUGUUCUCCUCGAGUCACAACUCAAAGUUAAACCUCAUCGGACCUAAACAGCAGCUCUCUUUGUCUUUCUCUGGUGUACCGACAGUAUCUCUGUUCCUGCCUUUUCUCUUUCAGCUUUUUUUUUUUCACCCACUCUCUCUCUCUCUAUCGAUCUUCUCUACCUCUCUCUGUCUCUUUCUUCUCUCUCGGUUCUACUAUCGCUAUAUCUCAGUGGCCCUUUUCGUCACAGCAAUUCAAACUCAGGAAAAACAACAACAACAAAAAAAAAAAAAAUGAAAGAAAUCCUCUGAAUGUUCAACCUAAUUCAUGAAAAAUGAGAACACAGCUUCUGCACACACGGUGGAAGUCGGGACGCAGCCAGACGGUAAAAUGUUCAUAUGCAAAAAAAGAAACAAAAAAAAGAAAAUGUCUCCGCGCGUCUGCCGUUUGUAUUUCCGUGCGGGAGAACUUUGUACAGGCUGUAACCUGAAAACAUUCCUCCUUUGCCUUCCUCAGCACUGAAUUGAAAGGAAAACGUUUUUUUUGUUGUUUUUUUGCAGGCGGUUAAAUGGCUAUUUUUUAUUUCCCACUCAUCAGCAAUACCAUUGUAUUUGGAUGUUGUUCCGGUGACUUUCAAGUGCUUGUUUGGCAGAAAUGUACAUAGUAUGGAGCAUGAUGACUGUAACAGUGGUUUUGUACAGGUAGAGGCUUAGAUGUUUCUUUUUUGUUUUCUUUUUUGUCACACGGGGUUAUAUCAAGCACCUUUUUCUAUUCUUUCUUUUUUUUUUUUGUUUGCUGAGGGAAAAUCUUUGCUUUUUUGCUGUUUCCUGUCCAGCCUAACGAACACCCAACCUUUCAAGGUGAGUGUUCUUAUACUCAGGAAAUCGGCUUGAUACACAUGCAGACACACACGUGCAGCACACACAGACACACGCGUCAACACGCGUGUGAAAUUCUGGAGCCCCCCCAUGCAUGUUUAAAAGUUAGACCUUCAAAACUCCUCUUUAAAUGUGAAAAAAACUAAAACAGAGUUCUGCCUUGUGUCGUUCGGAGGAAAUCUCAUUUCUUGUCAUUUCAAGUAUUUGAAAGACGCUAUUCGUGUUUACACUCUCGACAGACAUGCUGCGGUGUUACAAAUAUAAAAUGCAAAAAAGCACAGCCAACAUAGAAGUGAUGGGUAGAAUUUUAUCCCGGAUGGAAAAAAAUGAACACAAAAUAUUGACUUAAAUCAGGCACUUUGUUUCCAGCCCCAAGCGCUCAGAGCCAUUUAGCACUUCAACUUCGUCUUUGUGUCGGACCCCUUUAAAAAGUCUCAGACUGGAGCACUUAGAUUGGCACUUCAAGAUGAAAACAUCUCGUUGAUGUGAUUAAAUAAUCACACAAUUCAAAAAGUAUCUCUAUGAAGAAGCCACGUAUGAAACCCUAAACGUCAAAAGAAGCUAAUGUUUCAGUAUAAGGAAUUGAAUAAGCUAACUCGGAUUUCAUUUUGACGUGAAAGCAGUGUACGUGUCGUCCGAGUGAUUGAGUAACAAUCAUAUUAAGAUAGUAACACGUUUUUGCCCUAAACUGUGCAUUCGUUUGAGCGUCCUCCUUUGAGACGUGCAUGCAUGCCGCCUACAGCCGUAGGCCUAGUUAGUUUGUCUAGCUUAUGUUCGUAAGUUCCCUCCGGAGCUUUUGAAAAUGAUAUUUUAUUUUGUUGGAAUGUGAAGCUUUAUUCAUCACUCUUUUUUUUUUAAAGCCCCAAUCCAAAAUGGCGACCGCCCCGUUCGCUCAAUUGAGAACUGAAGCUAAUGUGGCUAACCUGUUGGCUAGCCGCUGUUCCCCUAGCUUCUGUACAUCGGCGUCAUCUCUUUCUUUCUCUGCUCUCUUUCUGGAAAUAGAGAGACGUGAUCCCGAAGUUUAGUAUCCUCGCUAUGCUUUACUUUACUAUACACACCGGGGGCGUGACGAAUAUACGGCAUGGAAGAUACUCGCCUGCGAAAGUGACGCAUCAAAACUUUUCCUACCAUUUCAAUAAAAGGUUCGAAUGGAGCGUCUUAACUAAAUUGAUGAUUAGCCGAAGCUCCUGUAAGCUGUUUUAUUAAGUUUUCUUUUAGCAAAAUGCUAAUCUGAUUAUAUGUCUAGGGCUUUUAUUGUGAAAGGUAAGAACAGAAGAAGUGGAUCUGGUCUGCCUCUGCGUUUGUCAAGAUUGAAAGGAGUGACAAAGGUUGCCGUCUUGAUUCGGACUACGGAGCCACCAUGUUGUUGUACACCGGAAUGGACGUUUAGAGUAUAUCCGUUCCGCGCAACCUGAUUGGUUGAAGCCUUCAUUUGCGGUGCGAAAGCUAAGAAAGAUUGGGAAAAAACUUACGCCGCCAGAAAAUAUAUUGACGUGCAAAUUAACCGCACGAAGAAGAAAAACAAAUGCCCCCGGUGUGUAUUCCUCUUAAAGAUUAUUCUUAAGCUAAUUCCUAAAACAAAAAUCUAUUUUAGUCGGCCAACUAAAUCUGGGAUUGGGGCUUUAAAGUGUGGAUGAAAUGUUUGGAAAUGUUUUCCCCCUGACUUUAACUGAUGUAAAUCUUAAAAGUUUAAAAAUUUGAUGUCUCGUGUGAGACUGUUUCUGUUAUGCAGCCGAACAGAGUAAGUGUAUUUUAUAAACCUGUCUUUAAAUUCUUAAACGACUGGUACAGUGACCCAUAUAUGCACAGACACACACACACACACAUGCGCAGGUAUUCAUACAACACACACACACACACACACAGUACAUAGCGCGGAGCAGUAGUAGUUUUUUUUGUGGAACCAUCACAGAAGCUUCUUUUCUGCAAACGUUAUGCAACUCAUUUUCUAUGCGCAUAUACUUUUUCAUUUGCUUGAUCUUGAAAUUGAGGAAGCCCUCUUUCUGUCUGGAGAAAAUGAAUGUGUGUUGCAGCAAAAACUAUUGCCUCUGGGUGUCUCCUCAGAUGUCCUAACAACACCACCAAGACCACGUUCUUGUUUUUGCAUACAGCAGAAUUUUCUUUGAUACCUGUGGAAUGUUGAUAAUUCACCUUAACAAACCCCUUCGAUCCCUGUAGAGCUAUGAUGAUUGGAUAAACAGAGGCUCUCGAAGCGCUCUCUGCAGUCAGAAAAGCUUUUCGUCUAGACCUCUAAGCUCCCCGCAGUCUUGCUCGCUUGCUUGCUCCAACACCGACUGUUUGGUCAAAGUGCAGUAACAGGCGUCCCUUAACGACACGUCCGCUGUUGUUAAAGGUGGUCGGUUCAAGGUUAAAAAAAUGAAUAAGUUCAAAUAAAAUUCUCACUUACGUCUUGUGGCAUCUGGUCAUGCAGGGAGUAUGUUUUUUAUUUGGUGCAGCCUGUUACUCUGGAUAAUCACACUGCUGUGAACAGUAUUUUGAUUUCGUCAGGCAAACUCAAAACUUUGGUGAAUAAAACCCAAACCCAUAUGCAUGGCUAGAUACAACUAUGAGUUAAGCGAGAAAAUCUGAUUUUUUUUUUUUAUCAUUUUGGGUGUCACUCUUGUGCAGAUAUAUUUUGGACUUGCUUUGUUUGGCCACUUGGGGGCAGCAGAACAAG